GCGAGUGUUAGGUGUACCUCAAUGUCAACCCCCCAAAAGAUCACACGACCGUCAUCUCCUAGGGAGUUUUUCGCACGAUUAUAUGGACAUUUGGAAACAUCCAAGGAGGAAAUAUCGGAUAAGAACAAUCAAGAUUCAACUUCGUUACCACGGCCAUGUUCCAGUAUUGUCACUCCAAUGCCGCUCAUGGCCGCACCGCUUCCUUUUCUGUUACCUCCAGGAAACGAAGCACAUUUAACGGCGGCUGCUGCUGCAGGAUUGACAGCUUUCCUGGCACGAAGGCGUAGAAAAGAAGGUCGACCAAGACGUCAACGAACAACAUUCAGCAGUGAACAGACGUUACGUUUGGAAAUCGAGUAUCAAAGAUCGGAAUACAUAAGUAGGGGAAGGAGAUGCGAGUUAGCCGAAUCUUUACAAUUAUCCGAAACGCAAAUCAAAAUUUGGUUUCAAAAUCGCAGGGCUAAAGACAAAAGAAUAGAGAAGGCCCAAUUAGACCAUCAUUAUAGAAAAUUAUUGGGGGCCUUUUCUACAUUUUGUCCUGUAUGUAUCGAUAGCCCGUGCCUACACAUCACGCCAAAUUCAUCGGUGCUACAAUCGACCAUGCCAUUGAAUUCUCCUGCAGCAAUACCAAAUAAUUCUCACAAUUUUGCUGGUCAUAACAGUGAUUUUAGUGAUAUUGACGUUAAAUGAAACCACAGCGGGUCAAAAGUGCGCAAAUAAGUGAACAUCACUUGCGACAAUAAGGAAUUGAUCGCUAAAAUACAGAAUGGUGUAUAUUAUGUCAGUGAUUUUCACAUAAUAUGAGGGUUUUUAACACUAUUAGAAUUCAUUGCUAUUAGGUAACUAUAGAGGAAA